AUGUCCCAACAAGCAGAGAGGUCACCCAUCCCCAAGGAAAAAGAGGCACCGAGCGACUAUGUCACGGGUUGGAGAAUAGCAAUCUUACUGCUCAGUAUAUCUAUUGCCAUCUUUCUACCAAAUCUCGAGGUUUCUAUCGUGAGCACUGCUUUGGUGACGAUCGCCAAUGAUUUGAAUGGGUUCAGCCAGACAAGCUGGGUUGUCAUUGCGUACCUCAUCACGUAUACUGGGUUCAUCAUUUUUUGGGCGAAGCUGAGCGAUAUCGCCACGCGAAAAUGGUCUCUGAUCGGGGCCCUCAUUCUCUUCCUCGUCGCGUCGGCCAUUUGCGGCGCUAGCCAGAAUAUGGUGAUGCUAAUUGUUUUCCGCGCCCUGCAAGGCAUCGGCGGAGCUGGCUGUUUCUCCAUCUCCAUGGUAGUAUUCUUCGAGCUCAUCCCCAAGGACAAAUACCCGAAAUACGGCUCCAUCCUCUCCGCAGAUGUUGCUCUCGCAACGCUACUAGGCCCUAUCAUCGGAGGUGCAAUUUCGGAUAACACAACAUGGCGCUGGGUAUUCCUCAUCAAUCUUCCCAUUGGUGCCGUCGCAAUCGUUGGCCUGGGCCUCUUUCUCCCGAACGAGUUUCCCUUCCAUGGUCAGCGGAUACAUCCGCCCAGUAACAUACGUUCCAUUCGGCGGAUUGACUUCGUCGGCGCGUUCCUUCUCGUUGGCGCCAACCUAUUCCUAGUCACUGGACUUCUCGAGGCCACCACAGAUUACUACUGGUCUUCGGCCAUAAUCAUCGUCUUUUUGGUGCUUUCGGGAGUGCUAUGGAUCUCCUUCGUCUGCUGGGAGUAUUUUGCGACCAGGGAGACUUUCCCUUGUGAGCCUGUCUUUCCGUUCCGCUUUUUCCAGAACCGCUACUGGAUGGGCAUGCUCUUGCAGUCCUUUUUCCUCGGCGUCCCCUUCGUCAUGCUGGUCAUCUACCUCCCUCAACGCUUUCAAACAGUCAGCUCCCUGUCGGCCCUGGAUUCAGGCCUACGUCUCCUCCCAUACGCCAUGCUCGCCCCCAUCGGUUCGCUGGUGAGCAAUAUCAUUUUCAUGCGGCGCCCGGUGCCCCUCCUUCUGCUGGCGGCUGGGGCAGUCUUCCAAGUCGUCGGCCUUGCUUUUUUGGUCAGCGAGCCUGUCGCCUUGUCAAUUCCCGCGAGAGUGUACGGCUACGAGAUCCUAGCUGGUUUUGGGGUGGGCAUUACAUUUGGUACCUUAGUCACCAUCACCCCAGCCAGCGUUGAGCCGCGGGACCUGGCCACGGCUACGGGAGCGAUGAUCCAAUUUCGACAGAUGGGCGGUGCCAUUGGACUAUCGAUCGGCUCUGCGCUUCUGAACAGUCGCCUUAAAGGCCAGCUUUCGGGUGUAUUGACAAGCUCCCAGCUUUCUUCGCUCCUUCAAAACUUCCGGCAAAUCCUCACAUUCCCGCCUGAGUUGCAAGAAGUGACCAGAAAUGUGUUUGCUGCUGCUUAUGGUCUGCAGCUGAAGGUAGUUGUUGGGUUUAGUGCCGCGUUGUUUCCAUCCAUUUUGUUGAUGAUAAAGGUGCGCUCAAAGCAGAAUUCUAGCACUGUGUAG